AUGCCUAACGCGCUGGUGGCAACUCGCUCGAGGGACCUCGGAGGCCGAGCCUUGGAGGUGAACAGGGAGGUGAAAGGGAGUGGCCGUGCCUCCGCCUGCGAAGCUGCCGGCGUGGUCGCUGCCGCUGCGCGUGUUCUCCCCGCGCAUCUGGCUCGUGCUGCUGGGGACAGCGAUGGCGUAUGCGCUGGCUCGCUGGCCGCCAGCGCCGCCGCCGCGCUGCGCGCCUUCUCCUCGGUGCGCGCCACGCCGCAGCGCCUGCAGCUGGCCGCCGCGCUGCUCGCCUCCGCCGUCGUCGUCGCCGCUGCCUACCAGGAGAUGUCGGGCUCUUAG